CUCAUGUAAGCGAACCUGGAACACAAGGCCGUCGAUCAUGUGUAUAAGUCGUCUGCGUGCCCAACCUCGACUCUAUCCCCAAGCACGCGCCUAACACACAAAUCGGCCCUCAUCUUGUCUCUUACCGUGAAAGCUCCCACUCGAACAUCAUGGCUGUACCCAAUUCGUACUUUGUUCCUGGCUUUGGCAUUUCCAGAGCUGUCAUCCAGAAUGAGAUCCGUUAUCACUGUGGGCCCGAUGCGAUAGUCCGACCGUACACCUUUCAGGGCCGCGACGGCUUCCUGAUUACGACGAUCGGACCUCCAUUGACCAAGGCUCAAAUCGACGACUUGAAGAUGUCUUCUCUUGAGUACGAAGAAAAACAGUCCCGUAUCGCCGACGAGCCAAACGUCUUUGUCAACGCUCCCAUCCCGAUUAACCAGAGAAUACGACGAGGCACCUAAUGGCGGUGCCUGACCCGGCCGUGGCUAGUUGGAUACCACGACCGAGCUCCCGAAAAGCGUCUGCCUUAUACCCCAUGCUUGGCAGUUGUCGCGUGUUUUCUUUGGCUGGAAUCCUGAUUUAGCGUGCAUAUCGUCUCUCGGUGGUCAUUUGAUGAUUUCAUGAUAUACGUCGUUUUGGUUCCGUUGGUGAUUUGGAUCUGGUGUUUGGAAUUCCAAAGAGUCUCUCCUCGAGACUGGUGUUUACUUGAACGAACUGAGAAAAUUGUAGCCUUAGUCUCCGACGAAAGUAUUUGUUGAUU